AUGCGAGGCAUUCUGGGUGGUAUGCCUCAAAGUGUCAUCGGCUUCUCGCCACCUUCAACAGGAGGCGGGGCACCAUUCUGGAGUGCAAUCUUCCAAUACCCCGAAUUCGCAGUCGCAUACGAAUCCGGAAUUGACCAAGUCGAGCGUUUCGACGCCUCAAACGAAGUAUUCUGCGAUACCAAGACCGUCAAAGUCUGUAUCGAUACUCCCUUCGUCAAAGGAUUGCCGACGACCAUGAUUGUCAAGGACUCGACGCCAGACGGGGCGUACAUAUGA